AUGCGUCGAUCUUUCAAAGACCUCCAACAGUACUACGAUAUGCGAAAGCUACGGGGGAUUUCAAGUGCGGAUGGCCAUGGAUAUCUUUACGCCUACGUCGAUAACCAUACCUGGAAAGUUGGAAUGACCAACGACUUCGUCCGUCGUCAGGAGGAGUGGGACAAGGACUGUCCCUGCCCAUGGAGAAUAUGGCUUCCGCCUAUACGAGUCGCGAAUAGGAGGAGAGCGGAAACGUUGGCGCAUCUUUUGCUUGAAAUGGAAUGUCUUGACCGCCCGCGAAUCUAUUGUCAAAGCUGUCAACGAGUGCAUAUUGAAAAAUUCGUUUUCCUUGGACCUUGGAACGUCGUCUGGAACACAACUGUUCAUCCUAUCUUUUUGAGGGCUGCUGUUUCAUAA